UGUCUUCUAAACCGUGUACGCGCACGCACCCGAAAUUCAGACAGCUUAGCUCACCACGUAGCCGGAAAUAUAACCGACUAGCACAAACCUUAGUGAAUUCCUUGCUUUUCAUGAUCUCUACGCUCUUUCUGUGUCAUAGUGCAUACGUCAGAAGCGCGGGAAAAACAAGAGGAAGUGGCGUCGCGGUAUCCACAUCCGACUGAUAAAGCAUGGCUACUUCGUCAGUAUCAAAGGGAUGCUUUGUUUUUAAGCCAAGUUCUAAGAAGAGAAAAAGGACUGCAGAUGCAGAAGACUACUUUAUUGAUGGAAAUGAUGACUGCGUAUACAGCAAAGAACGCUUCAAUACUUGUCAAAGACUUUGGGAGAAGAUUAAAACAGACACUGAGAUUUUGCAGGAUGACCUGAAUAAGAAAAUAUUGGAUAGCCUUUUAGAAUUCAUAAAAAAAUGUAGCUUAAGCUUUCAAUCUAGAGCCAAUGAUUGGGCAUCUCUCAUGAGAGCCAAUGAAAUACCUACAGCUGCCCUAGUACUUGGUGUGAAUGUACCGGAUCAUGACAUGACAUUUCAGAGCCUAUCGGACCUCUUACGAGAGACUGUAACCCCCUUUGCCGUUUCUGUAGAGGCAAAAGAAUGUGCAGCUUUGAAGAAUUUAAUGCAGAGAGUAUUAGAAAGAUUGAUGGGUGCUGGCGUGUCAGUGGAUAAUGAUGAUGAAGACGACUCUAAUAUGACUUUACCACAAAAGAGGGUAUCCUGCUCCAUGAACGCACUUUGUCAGUGGUAUAAGACAGUCACAAAGAAUGUGAAGUCACCAGGGAAGAACUGCAGUUCAGUAAACAACUACUUGGAGACCCCACCAAUUUUGGUGAUUUUUAAAGAUUUUGAAGCUUUUAAUCCACGUGUUCUUCAGGACUUUAUUCUUAUCUGCAGUCGGUACAUCCAGGUGCUUCCGCUGAUCUUUGUCUUUGGCAUUGCCACGUCUCCCAGCACUAUUCAGCACGUGUUGCCACACUCCGUCUCAUCUCUGCUGUGCAUUGAGCUCUUUCAGUCACUCUCCUGUAGCCAGCACCUUGCAACAGUUAUUGACAAGCUGAUUUUGAGCUUAAAGUUUCCAUUUAAGCUCAGUGGGAAGGUUUUACAGGUGCUGGUUAGCAUUUUCCUGUAUCAUGACUUCUCAGUCCGCAACUUCGUUAAAGGCCUUCAGUUGGCCCUGUUGGAGCACUUCCACUCACAGCCCCUCAGUGUGCUCUGCUGUGAGAAAAAGGACUUUCUGGUGUAUGCACAGAAGUUGCGCCACCAAGAUGUGGAGAUGAUCCGUCAGCUACCCUCUUUCAUGAGAUAUGUAGAGGCACAAGAUGCACAGGAACAGGUUCAGCUUCUCACCAGUGAUGAACAUGUAAAGGCAGUGUGUCAAAAGUUACUGAAGGAUCUUAGGAAAUACCAUAAGAAUUACUAUCCUGUCCUCCGCUGUCUGCACACACUGACAGCAUCUCUGCCUAAGUAUCCUCUGGGAAAACAAAUACGAGAACUGCAUAUAUCCUGUUUGGAGAAGAAUAUAUGGGAGACAAGUGAAUAUGAAUCUGCAAUGCAGCUUCUGAGGUUGCUUGCAAAAGACGAGCUUGUAACAACACUGAAAAAGUGUGGUGACAUUCUUAAAUCUGGGAAAACAAAGAGAAUGAGAAGUGCGUUGCAGCAGCUGGAGGACUACUUUUUCAAAUUGGAGCAGUUGGACAAUAUGUCUGUAGAAGAUCUUAAUGAAGAGGAAGUUACUUCACCAGGGAAGGAUCUCCAAAAGAAGACUGAUCUCUUCCAGCUUCAAAAAACUCUCUUGGAGAUGAAAGGCACUAGAAGAUCAAAGAAAAUGAGCCCGUUUGAGGUGCUGAGAAACGAGGCUCUAGGAGUUAUUGAUGGCCUUGUGAGGAGCCACCUUACACCACCAGAGUUGCAGCCACUACAUGAGGUUUGCUACUACACGUCCUCAGGCAUUCUGCGGCGUCAUCUCAAUGCAACUCCACGCACGUCCAUCCAGACUGCACUUAACCACCCCUUCUACUACCUGCAGAAUGCGAACCUAAAGUCAGACACAGGCACAGUUUCCAAUGCUGCUCCGGAUAUCUGCAUUGCCUACAAGCUCCAUCUGGAGUGUGGGAGGCUCAUCAACUUGUAUGACUGGUUGGAGGCAUAUGCAACAGUGGCCUCAGCUGCAGAGGGUAAGGAUCCUGACUCUGAAGAAUAUGGCAAAGUGGAUGAACUCAAGCAUGCUCGUUUCAUUCAAGCGGUAUCUGAGCUGGAGUUCCUGGGGUUUGUGAAAUCAACAAAGCAGAAAACUGACCAUGUGGCACGACUGACCUGGGGAGGUUGUUAAUGGUGACUUUUUUUUUUGUAAACAUUUUGCAGUUGAAUAAAAAUAUUUUUGAUA